CCGGACCCAAUCAUUUCUCACUUGCUUCAGACUCGCCAACAUGCAGGAGCCAAUACAGCCACCAGUUUCCUUCGAGGAUUUCACGUACGCCUUCGACCCUGCCGUCUCGACUGUCUUUCCCAGUCCUCCUCCUCUGCCUUCCUCCGCAGACCUCUUCUCGCCAUCAGAGACAACCGACCUCCUCGGCUUUCUCGACAACUUUUCAUGGGACCUCGAGGCAGAAGUAAACAAUGCCAUCAACCUCCCAUCCGUACGACCGCCAGAUUUUCGCGACCAUGACAUGGCGGUGGAGGGCUCUACCCCUCUCACGCCACAUACGAUGACUCUCCAGAGUGCACUCGCCAUGACCAUGUCAGAGAAGGGGAAGCAAGCUGCCCACGCUCAGCGGGACAGGGCAUCAUCCUCUUCGGCGCAGCCAGCGAGAAGCCAGCCAGCUCGUGCCACCCGCUCUACUCGGCGACCUUCUGCUGUAACGAACGUCUCAUUGUCCUCCACGAAGUCUGCAUCUUCUGCUGAGGCCGAGGCUGAGAACGCCAGCAAACCAAAACAGCUCCUGUCUACCCCGCAAAAGCGGUUGAACCACAUCAUGUCAGAGCAGAAACGUCGCAAUGCCAUUCGCGACGGCUAUGUGCAGCUGACCACGCUGCUCGCACCUGCCGGGGCUCCUCCUGGCGCAGGUAUGCCCACUCGUGGACGACCGAAGGGCAGCGGGACGAGGGCGGGGCGGGGCAGAGGCGCGGGCGGAUUCAAGGGCAAGAGUGGCAUCUUGUUCAGGGCUGUGGAGUACAUCCAUUGGUUGGAGGAAGGACGGGAGGCUCUGUUUGAGGAGGUGCUUAAGGUGGAGGCAGCGGCCGGCAUUCAUCAUCCCUGAGGCGCGAAGCUCGAAGACAUACGUCCAUUCAUGUGAGUAUCUCGGUAGACCGCCUAUCUACAUGGAUCUGAACUGGUAUACAGUAUUCCAUACCGCCCCUGGUCCCGAUCACCCUGAAUCACCCUGCAUCUGCACAGUUCUGUGUCAGCACAUUCUGCUUCCCAUGCACGCCGUAUUGUCUGCUGUUGUAUCGCUGUACCACACAUGUAAAUUAUAGCUCAUAUACGGAUUCAUUUCGUGCUCAGUCACGUACGCGAUAACUUGCCAGGGAACAUCGACUCUUUUAUGCAUCCAUGAAAGCUCUUUAAGCUUCAAGCUUU